AAUCAGAUGGUCGACCGUGAGAUCUCAUCUUUUUUUGAUGGCCAAAAAAUGAAUUUCUUUUAAAAAGUUCAUUUAUAAUUAUCUUAAAUUCAUUAUCUUAUUAAUUAUGAAUAGCGGCAGCAGUAGAUAUAAAUUUGCCAUCCCAUUGGAUGCAAAUGUACCAAUUUCGGCUGAAGAAUUCAAUAAAUUGGUACCGAAUCCAGCUAAAAGAUAUCCAUUUGAAUUGGAUACGUUCCAGAAACAGGCUAUUAUUCAUAUUGAAAAAGGAGAAAAUGUUUUUGUUGCGGCUCAUACAUCAGCUGGAAAAACGGUUGUGGCCGAGUAUGCAAUCGCAUUAUCUUUCAUCAAUAAAACACAAGUUAUUUAUACAUCGCCUAUAAAAGCUUUAUCAAAUCAAAAAUUUCGUGACCUCCGAAAUGAAUUUAAAAAUGUUGGCAUCAUUACAGGUGAUGUUCAACUUGAUCCGGAAGCACCAUGUCUUGUCAUGACCACUGAAAUUCUUCUUCAAAUGCUUUAUGCCAGUUCUGAAACAAUUAAUCAUUUGGAAUUUGUCAUCUUUGAUGAAUGUCAUUAUGUAAACGAUACGAAACGUGGACAUGUUUGGGAAGAGGUUUUCAUACUUUUACCGUCUACGGUUAAGCUUGUAUUACUCAGCGCCACUGUACCGAAUGUUGUUGAAUUUUCCGAUUGGCUUGGUCGUACACGACAACGGCAGAUCUAUGUAAUCAGUACAACACGACGUCCAGUACCAUUGAAACAUUAUCUCUAUUUGGGUCGUGAUGGUAAAACACAGAAUCAACAAAUUCUCAUUCUCGAUGGCGAUGGUUCUAUCAACAAAGCGAACCACGAGUUAGCUAUGGACUUAAUGGAUCAAAGAAAAGCUAGAUUUGGAUUUAUCAAUCGAUCACCACAAACCGAACGAAACAUAUAUCUGAAUCUGAUUCGUCAUCUUGAGAAGAAUGACAAACUGCCUGUUAUCUGUUUCACAUUAUCGCGUCGAAAAUGUGAUCAAAACCUUGCAAUGUUAUUAAAUAUAAGAGAAGAGAAUUCAACAUUGACGAACAAAAGAGAAGCAUUCUAUAUAAAACGUUUUAUUUACAAACAUCUUAAAAAAUUAGAUAAAACCGAUUUCGAGAUUGAUCAAGUAAGACGAGUUAGUACAAUGUUGGUUCGCGGUUUUGGCGUCCAUCAUUCGGGUAUUUUACCCAUUCUAAAAGAAUUGACUGAAAUUCUAUUUAGUACUGGUUUGGUGAAAGUUUUAUUUGCCACCGAAACAUUUGCGAUGGGUGUGAAUAUGCCGGCACGAACUGUGGUGUUUGAUUCGUUAAACAAACAUGAUGGAAUUUGUCGACGAUUUUUACGGCCCGCCGAAUAUAUUCAAAUGGCUGGUCGUGCAGGACGACGUGGCAAAGAUACGGAAGGAACAGUCAUAAUUGUUGCCAAAUAUGAGGUGCCUUCAUUAGUUGAAUUGAAUCUUGUUAUGAAAGGUUCCGCACAACUAUUGGAAUCACAAUUUCGUCUUACUUAUCAUAUGAUUUUGAAUAUGCUCAAGAGUCAAGCUUCGUCCAUCGAAAAAUUUCUUGAACGUUCAUAUCGUGAGCAUAACAAAGUAAUAGCAUCAUCAUCAGUUGAAUCUGAUAUUCAACAGCUCACCAGUAAGAUGAAUGAGUUGGCUGAAAUUUCCUGUGAAAAAUGUUCUGUCGAUAUAGAUAAAUGGUAUGAACAUUUUAAAACCUUCAAAGAGUUUAAAAGACCGUUGAUGAGCAAAAUUGUUCUUCGAGCUUCGGAUAGAAAAUUAUUGAAUUCAGGUCGAGUUAUUUUAUUUGAUGAUACGGAUCAUUUUGUGCGGGCUGGUUUAUUACUCAAGUCCCUCAAAUCGGCUAAUGCAAUCAAUGAAUUAAUCAUAUUAUUCACAAUUGAAAAUGGUGAUGUGAAUGUAAAACCCAUACCAGUGCAUGAAGUGAUAUGUUUACUUAAUAAACAGAUUAAAGGAAUCGAUUCGGCAGAAAUUAUUGCCGAAAAUGAACAAUCAAAGUCAUCGUUUGGAAAGAACAAAAUAAAAUUUGCAACCAAAGAUGGGAUCCAAAAAUUGAAUGAUCUAAAUUUGCCAGAAAAUUUUCAGCUACUAGUUUAUGCAGCAGAUAAUUUUAUAGGUCAUGAUAAAUUGGGAAAAUUAGAUCCAGAUACUAUAAUGCUGCUACAGGAAUAUGGUCGAGGGUUGAAAUCGGUGAGCAAGGGUGUAUAUUCUUGCAUUAAAUGUGAACAAUUCUCAUCACAUUAUCACAUGUAUCGGGCACGAGCUGAAAUGCAAAAUUCUCUUGAACAAUUAGAUUUCAAAUUAUCUAAUGAAAGCUUGGAAUUGUUGCCAGAAUAUCGACAAAGAAUUGAAGUGUUGAAAGAUUACAAUUUUCUUGAUGAGCAUCUUGUUCUACAACCAAAAGGUCAUAUAGCAUGUUGUCUUGCCGAAAAUGAAUUAAUUAUCACCGAAAUGGUAUUCGAAAAUCUUCUUGGUAAUCUAAGUGAUGAAGCUAUACCAGCCGCAUUGUCUUGUUUUAUUUUUGAUAGUAAACAAGCUAAUCAAAGUGUUGAAUCGACUCAACAUAUUCAGGAGGUUGAAGAAUUGGAUCAAAUAAUCAAGAAAAUUGUUCAAAUAUGCAUAAAAUUUGGUCGAGCUGAAAAUGAUCGUGGCAUUGAAGAUAGUGAUACUCGUUAUCUAGAUCAAUUGAAUCUCGAUCCAGUACGUGCAGUUUAUGAAUGGGCCAAAGGACGGUAUUUUGCUGAUAUUAUGGAAUAUACUGGUCUUCAGGAAGGUAUAAUGGUACGAUGUAUACAACGGGUUGAUGAUUUGAUCAAAAACAUUCGAAUUGCUGCACGAAAUCUGGAUCUUGUUGAUUUUCAGGCGAAAUUGGAACGAUCAUCUAAAAUGAUCCGUAGAGAUAUUGUUUUCAUGCCAUCAUUAUAUACAACUCGAAGUAUGGUUGAUCAAUUUAUUGAUCAUGAUAAUAGUGAGCAACAAAGCACUCAUAUUCAACAGGAUAUUGUCGAUGAUCAAAUAGACAAUUUACAACCUAAUAAUUAUACCGGUAAAGAUGAUGAUGAUUAUGAUGUUGGUAUCGAUCUGGGCAAAGAUUUUUUCAACUAUCGAUUUGAUGAUACCGAAUUUAUUGAAAAUCCAGAAGCAUUAAAUGAGGAAAAUUUCAGCGCAAAUUUUCUUUGAAUAUUUUUUCUCAAAUUCUAUAAUUUUAUUUAAAAUUUUCUUUGUUGAAUAAAUCUGUGAUAUCAUUCGUCAGAAAAAAAUUAUGAUCAAUAAAAAAUAAUUUUUACAAAGAAA